AUCGUGCCCUAAACGUCAUCAGCCUACACGGAAGUGAGCAGUGGCGAUCAUGGCAGCGGCCUCAUCAACCCAGCAGCAGGAAGAGGAUGUUUGCUUCCAGUGAAACACUAACAGCACCUGCUUUAGAGCCCGUGUAACGGAGCGAAGCGUCAUCGGGAUUUUCCGCCGAGUCCGCUGGGAUUACACCGCGCCUUCCUUCACCUGGACCCCGGGGCCUCUGCGAGCCGGAAACGGGGCACUUGAGAUAAGAUGUCCCUGUUCCAGUCGGCGCUGGAUUUCCUAGCCGGGCCCGGCUCGCUCGGAGCGGCCAGCCGGGACCAGAACGACUUCGUCGGGCAGGUCGUGGAGCUCGGCGACAUGAAGCUGAGGAUCAAGCGGGUGAUCGCGGAAGGUGGUUUCGCUUUUGUUUAUGAAGCCCAGGACAUGAGCAGCGGUAAAGACUACGCCCUCAAGAGGCUGCUGUCCAACGAGGAAGAGAAGAGCAAGGAAAUCAUACAGGAAGUCUGCUUCAUGAAAAAGCUGUCUGGUCACCCCAACAUGGUCCAGUUCUGCUCGGCUGCCUCCAUCAGUAAGGAGGAGUCUGACACGGGGCAGGCCGAGUUCUUGAUCCUCACCGAGUUGUGCAAAGGUCAGCUGGUGGACUUCAUCAAGCGGGUGGAGCAGAGGGCUCUGCUGUCAUGUGACACCGUGCUGAAAAUCUUCUACCAGUCGUGUCGCGCCGUGCAGCACAUGCACAAACAGAAGCCGCCGGUCAUACACCGGGACCUCAAGAUUGAGAACCUCUUGAUUAGUAACCAGGGCACCAUCAAGCUGUGUGACUUUGGCAGCUCCACCACAGUGUCGCAUUACCCCGACUACAGCUGGUCGGCACAGAAGAGGUCCAUGGUGGAGGAUGAGAUCACAAGGAACACCACUCCUGCGUACCGAACGCCAGAGAUGAUCGAUCUCUACUCCAACUUCCCCAUUAAUGACAAACAGGACAUCUGGGCCCUGGGGUGCAUCCUCUACCUGUUGUGUUUCAAGCAGCACCCGUUCGAGGAGGGGGCCAAGCUGCAAAUCGUCAACGGAAAAUACUCCAUCCCUCAGAACGAUGUCAAGUACACCGUGUAUCACAACCUCAUCCGCUCCAUGUUGAAAGUGAACCCAGAGGAGCGUCUGUCCAUUACAGAGUUGGUCAACCAGCUCCAAGAGAUCGCAGCGGCACGCAACGUCAACCCCAAGUCCCCCAUUACCGAGCUGCUGGAGCAGAACGGAGGUUUCGGCAACAACGGAGCCCAGCCGCCCACGCAGACCCACAACGUGCAGAACAACUCAGGCAUCUACGAUCCUGAUCAGGCGGGCAGCGGGAUCUUGGACAUCUUAAGGGGAGGAACGGAGCGCUUCCUGACCAACAUCAAGGACACUUCCUCCAAAGUCAUCCAAUCAGUGGCCAGCUACGCCAAAGGGGACCUUGAUAUUUCAUACAUCACUUCCAGAAUAGCAGUCAUGUCCUUCCCGGCGGAGGGGGUGGAGUCGGCGAUAAAGAACAACAUCGAGGACGUCCGUCUGUUCCUGGACUCGCGCCACGCCGGCCACUACGCCGUCUACAACCUCUCCAAGCGCUCCUACAGGCCGUCCCGAUUCCACAACAGGGUCUCUGAGUGCAACUGGCAAGUGCGCCGCGCCCCCAACCUGCGCAGCCUUUACAGCGUGUGCAAGAACAUGCAUUUAUGGCUCAAACAAGACCAGAGGAACAUCUGCAUAGUCCACUGCCUGGACGGCAGGGCGGUGUCGGCGGUGGCCGUUUGCUCCUUCCUGUGCUUCUGUCGCCUCUUCACCACAGCCGAGGCCGCCGUCUACAUGUUCUCCAUGAAGCGCUGCCCGCCGGGCAUAGCGCCCUCGCACAAGAGGUACAUCGAGUACAUGUGCGACAUGAUGGCGGAGGAGCCGAUCGUCCCCCACAGCAAGCCCAUCACCGUUCGCUCCAUCGCCAUGACGCCGUUGCCGAUGUUCAACAAGCAGCGCAGCGGGUGCAGGCCGUUCUGCGAGGUCUACGUCGGGGACGAGAGGGUCCUCACCACGUCGCAGGAGUACGACAAGAUGAAGGAUUUCAAGAUGGAGGACGGAAGAGCAGAGAUUCCCCUCAAUGUGACGGUGCAAGGAGAUGUGCUGGUGGUGAUCUACCACGCAAGAUCUACACUGGGAGGACGUCUACAGGCCAAGAUGGCGUCCAUGAAGAUGUUUCAGAUCCAGUUCCACACAGGCUUCGUCCCCAGAAAUGCGACCACUGUAAAGUUUGCCAAGUACGACCUGGAUGCCUGCGACAUCCAGGAGAAGUACCCGGACUUGUUCCAGGUCACCCUGGACAUCGAGGUGGAAGCCAGAGACAGACCGAGCACCAGGACUCCUCCCUGGGAGGGCUUCCAAACCAAGGGCCUCAACCCCAAAAUCCUCUUCUCCUCUCGCGACGAGCAGCAGGAGGUCCUCAGCAAAUUUGGUAAGCCCGAGUUGCCUCGUCAGCCAGCGUUUUAUGACUCUGAGUCCCCCCAGCCGGCUCAGACCCCGGAGGGCCCCAACGCCACAGACACCGAAUCUCCUGGCAGCACCGACGGCAACGCCAACAACUUUUUCCAGACACUGGAUUGGGAAGAUGUGAGUGGCCUUCAGGACUCUGCGGACAGUCAAGGAGGGGGAUCGAUGAACGACCCGGAGGACCUGAGUGACCAGUCAGAGGGAGAGUCCUACUCUUACUCCGCCCCCGGUGGGGAGCCGCUGUCACGUGACACCAGCGAGCCGCUGUUUGAUGCUGACUUCCAGAGCGCCCCGCCUGCAGCCCAGGAGUCUCCUAUCGAGGACACCGCUGACCUACUCGGGCUGAACUCUGACCCGUCUGUGUCGUCGACCUCCUCCUCCUCCUCCGCAGCUCAUCAAGGACUCCAGGGAGGAAUGAAAGCUGCGUCCAGCAACAGCGACCUCCUGAACGAUCUGUUUGCCCCCCCUGCUGGUCAGACAGCAGCAGCGCAGGAGGACUUGUUCUACGGCGGGCCUCCGGGCGGCGCCAUGCCGGACUCCAAACCCUCCGGCGACCUGUUCGACCCGUUUGGGAUGGGGUCCGGCUCCGCUGGGGGCGCCAGCGUGGGUUCUUCUCGGCAGGCCUCCGGCCCGGAUCUGUUUGGGGAGCUGUUGGGUUCUGAGCGUUCUGGCCCCAGUAACCCUGCUCCCGCUUCCAACGCUAGUCUCUUCAACCUCAAUAAACUAGUGAACGAUGCUCCCAAGAUGACCUCAUCAGCCAGCCAGCCGGACCUGCUGGGCGGGUGGGACAGCUGGGCAGCGGGCACCGCCCCCAGCAUGAGCGCCUCCGCCAGCAAACCCAGCAAACCCAGCAAACCCAGCUACACCAACACGGCUUCGGGUGGUGCAUCUAUGUCCAAGGCCAAGUCUCAGACCUUUGACCCCUUUGCCGACCUGGGAAACCUGGGUUCCAACUUACCACCUUCCUCCAACGGCAAUUUUUCGGAGCCUGCUUUUAGCGCCAAAGCUCCGUCCUCCUCCGCUAAAGCUCAAGCGCAGCCCUGGCAGGCUGGAAGACCCGCCGCCUCCGCCCAGAAAAAACCUUGGCUGCCCGGAUCAGGACCCGGGACAGCGCCCAAAGCCUCCUCUGCCUCUCAGGCUGCAGGCCCGCAGCACACAAAACCCAACUACAACCUCAACUUCUCCAGUGUCAUCGGCGGGAGGGAGGACAGAGGGGUUCGGGGGCCUAGUUUCGGCGCCAAGCCGAAGGUAAAGGAGGAUGAUUUUGAGGACCUGCUGUCCACUCAGGGUUUCGCCUCUCGGCCCGAUAGGAAGGGACCAAGAACCAUCGCCGAAAUGCGGAGACAGGAGAUCACGAAAGACAUCGACCCACUCAAAUUACAGAUCUUGGACUGGAUCGAGGGGAAGGAGCGAAACAUCCGAGCGCUGCUGUCCACUCUAAACACUGUGCUGUGGGAGGGGGAGACCCGCUGGAGGCCUGUGGGCAUGGCCGACUUAGUGACCCCCGACCAGGUUAAGAAGUACUACAGGAAGGCCGUGCUGAUAGUCCACCCGGAUAAGGCGACCGGCCAGCCUUAUGAACAUUACGCUAAGAUGAUCUUCAUGGAAUUGAAUGACGCCUGGUCAGAGUUCGAGAACCAGGGUUCCAAAGCACUCUUCUAAAAACCUAGUCUGGAUCCCCCAGCUAGACCAGACCAGACCAGACCGGGCUGGAUUUGGCCUAACCCAACACGGGUUAGACUGGGCCAGAUUGGACAGGACUGAGCCCACAUUGGGCCUUGGUGGGGGGGGGGGGACACGGGUCCUCUGAGAGGUGUCCUCUCCACCAUUCCCUUCACUCCCGACUUUCAUCCGUUUCUACAGUCAAGGAAAAAGACCUUUUACAUGUCGGCUCACGUCCGGCUGGAGGGAAAAUGUCCCCACUGGCUCCUAACCGGCCAGCAAAAUAAACAUUGUGAUAGUUGUUAAACUCAAUGCCUACCUGUGCGACUGCCCGAGUGCUGCUGCAAACAUCUGGAGGGGAGGAAUGGGGCGACAAUCACACGGCGAAAUCCGAUUACACAGGCUGGUUAUCGUCACGGUGGUAUUCAGACAAAGAGUCCAUGACCCCCACACUAAUGUAAAGCUGGGAAGUUCUGCCCCCCCCCCCCCCCUCCCCCUACCCUCCUCUCAUUGGUGCCUGGCACUUUGGCAAACAACCAGUCCCACCACAGCCGCAGGUCUUUUCUUCAGCAUGCCAAGCGAUCUGGAAGUAUUGUUUUUAAGCUUCGUGGCCUCGAAGGAUACUGAAUGUUGCAGAUGAACCGUAGAGCAAACCGCCGCGUCCGACGGACGAAAAGCAAAGCGACCUCUGACCCUGCCGACGACGCGAGGUUUCAAACCCCCCCCCCCCCCCCCCGAAAGGGUUUUGAAGAUCUGGAUCUGUUGAUGCCCGGGUCCUCCUCUGAAGUGCUGCCGCUGCACCUUUUCUGGGCUCCGCUGGGGUUUGUCGUUGAGCCGUUUCUCCUCCAGAAAGACGAGACUUGUUGCCCCGCCACACACUGCUAGUGCUGCUUCUACUGUCACAGUUCCUGCUACACACACACACACACACACACACACACACUCCUCAGAUUGAUGUUGAAACCUGCAUCCCGAGCUUCUGACUCCCGACAAAGGAGCUGAACUUGUUUUUUUCGGAGCCCCAUAUUUAAUUAAGCGGGCGGUCUGUUGUUUUUGAAGUGCUUCUUAAAUUCCAACCACUCAGGCUGUGCUGCGUAGCUCACUGCAUGCUCCCGCCCCCCCCCCCGCUAAGCAGCAGUACGUAGGUGUGCUUUGAUUUCAAACCAGGGCGGGGUGGGGCUCUUCAUUAAUGAAGUGCUCUUUUUUUUUUUUCUUGUAGCAGGAGCAGUGCAGGGGGGGGGGGGGGUUCCAUCAUUGGGCGCUUCCCUUUGCGAGCGGCGCCCUCCACCAGCGCUGAGUUCAGGGGACAUAGGAGAUUACAAAGUGAAGGAGGGAAAAGAGAAUGUGGCGAUUUAAUCUGGUUGCUCUUAGUUUUACGCUUUCUUGUGUUGUUGUUU